AAUAAUAUUAUAUAUAAUUGUAUUUGAUUUCAGGUUUCCUUUAAAAAAUCCCGAACUAUUGCAACAUUGGGUUAGUGCUACAAAAAAAGAUUUGUUUGUUCCAAAUAGAUGGAGUAAAAUUUGCAGUAAUCACUUUUUACCUAGUGACUAUAGACAACCUCCUGGGGGAACUUAUAUUUUAAAAUUGAAUAGUGACGCUUUCCCUACAGUUUGUUUACCAUCAUCAUCCCAACCACCUGUUAAAUUCCAAAAAGUAGAGCAUGAACUAUCUUCUGAAAUCGAUAACUCGACAGAGGAUGAAUCAAUGGAAACCCAUAAUAGUGAUAAGUCUUUAAAAAUCCAAAAUAGUGAUGAUCCUUUAGAAAUCCAAAAUAGUGAUGAACCUUUAGAAAUCCAAAAUAGUGAUGAUGAGAUAGCUACAGGAAUAACUCCUGUAAUUUUGAUCACUCCAACUAAAUAUCAAAGGAGCUCUCCAAUCAAAAUUACUCCUACAAGGAAAAGAAAAUCCAUUGAAAUAACUACUCCGAUAAGAAAAAUGAAGUCUCAAAUCAAAGUAUUGCAACAAAAAGUCAGAAGACAAAAUGUAAAAAUCAAAAACAUGUCUGAAUUAUUCAAAGAAAUGAAAAAGAAGGGACUUCUGGACUCAGAAAUGGAAUGUACAAUCACAAACAAAUUUGAUGAUCUAUACUAAAACUCCCAAGCUCUACGGCCAUACGCAAUUGGACAUCUUGUGUAAACGCAGAACCAGGGUUUUUUAAAGAAGUUUUGAAUUCACUUUCAAAUUUAAU